AUGCCACCAGGCUUCCCGUCGGACGGGCGGAUUCGCUGCACUGUUGCCAUCGAGCAUUUGGGUGCAGCAGCCCCGAGGCGAGCGCUGCUCCGCGACGCCUGGGUCACCUUGGGCCGGGAUGAGUUCCGGGAGCUGGCGUUGCAAGUGACCACGAGCAGCGGCCCGGAGAGCCCCCGCAACUUCCCGUUGCGUCGGGACGGAGUACGGCUGUUCACGCGUUUCGUGAAGGACGGGAAGAGCUCGGUGCGCUUGGGCUCGGGCCCCAAGGCCGUGCAGCUGCUGCUCUCCAACUGUCCCCCCGACCGGUUGCGUCGCUUCGUGCAGACGCUGCGCGUCAAGUUGAAGGCCACGCAGGAGGGGGCGGGGGCGGUGAGCGAGCGGGCCAGGCUUCUCUCGGGCCUGCCGCGCACCUUCGACACGGUCAGCCCCGUGCAGGCCCGCGACUUGCGACAGGGGGGCGUUAGGCAAGCCCUAGCUGAUAUUGCCGCCACCCCCACCAAAGCCCAGACCCUCCGCUGCGAACCCCGGAAACGUGCCCGGGUCGGAUCGGUGGAUGGCAACCAGGUGACUGAAAUACAGCCAAUGAAGAAGCUGCCUUGGUUGAUGCGCUCCAGAGCAACACUCACACAGGAACAGUCAAUGGUGCUAAAUGCAGUGCUGAGUGGAAAGAAUGUCUUCUUCACAGGCAGUGCUGGGACUGGAAAAUCCUUCUUGCUGAAAAAGAUUGUGGCCUCACUGCCUCCGAACAGCACUUAUGCCACAGCCAGCACAGGAGUGGCAGCAUGUCAGAUUGGUGGCACCACCCUCCAUGCUUUUGCAGGUAUUGGUUCUGGAAAGGCCCCCCUACAUCAGUGCAUUGAGCUGGCACAGAGGUCAGGGGUGCGGCUACAGUGGUUGAAUUGCCACCAUCUGAUCAUUGAUGAGAUCUCCAUGGUGGAUGGUGAAUUCUUUGAUAAACUGGAGGCAGUGGCCAGAACUAUCAGGAAAUGUGAGAAUCCAUUUGGAGGAAUCCAACUCAUCAUCUGUGGAGACUUCCUGCAACUACCUCCAGUCAGCAAAGGCACUGAGCAAUCCAAGUUUUGCUUCCAGGCAAAGAGCUGGCGGAAGUGCAUCCACUUGAACAUGGAACUGACCAAAGUGCAGAGACAGACUGACAGGGACUUCAUUUCUCUUCUGGAUGCAGUCCGGCAGGGCAGAUGCACAGAGAAGGUCACCAAACAACUAACUGCAACAGCAGCCCACAAGGUGGAAAGAGAUGGAAUCCUGGCCACUCGGUUGUGCACCCACAAGGAUGACGUGGAACUAACAAAUACAAAACGACUGCAGGAACUAUCUGGAGAACCAAGGUCCUUCAAGGCAGUGGAUAGUGACCCUGUGUUGGUGAAAACGUUAGACGCGCAGUGUCCUGUAAGCAGCAUCAUUGAACUUAAACUAGGUGCCCAGGUGAUGCUUACCAAGAAUUUGGAUGUAUCCCAGGGUUUGGUAAAUGGGGCUCGUGGAGUUGUGAUUGAUUUUGAAACUGAAAGAAAAGGGCUGCCCAAAGUGAGGUUUCUGUGUGGUGUCACUACGGUUGUUGGGUUGGAAAGAUGGGUCUUAAAGGGACCAGCAGGGACACAUCUGACUCGCCAACAGUUGCCCUUAAAACUUGCCUGGGCCAUUUCCAUCCACAAAAGCCAGGGUAUGUCUCUAGACUGUGUUGAAAUCUCCCUAGCUCGUGUCUUUGAAUGUGGCCAGGCUUAUGUAGCACUCUCUCGGGCACGUAGCCUUACAGGCCUUCGUCUUCUGGAUUUUGAUCCCAGCGUAGUAAAAGCUAAUUCUUGCGUGUUGCAGUUCUACAGUCGCUUGAGGAAAGAACAAUUUUUAGCUCAGGCUUCUAUGGACUCCUACAUUCAAGCUGAUAAGGAAAACUGAGACAAC